AUGUGCCCGUCUUCCUGUGUUCGUUCUCUCUCUCUGUUGAGUUGUGUCAUGGAAAUUUCCCAGACUGUCUCUCUCUGGUCUCAGUGUGCAUUCUGUGUCUCAGUCCUUAUGUCUGUGGUUGUCGGUGAAUUGAGGACAGUGAAAUCGUCACAGGUCUUGGAGUAUGGUCCCCUUCUUUCCUGUUAUGUACUGACACCCAGCUUUCUGUCUCUCUUCCAGCCCUCACAGAUAAGCCUGGAAGACAAUAUUUUGGUGUCUCGUUACAUCAGUAUCCCUCUACUCAUAGAUGGGUUCAAGUUUGAUGUCCGCCUCUAUGUGCUGAUCACCUCGUACGAUCCUCUGGUCAUUUAUCUAUAUGAAGAAGGGCUUACUAGGUUUGCCACAGUUCGCUAUGACAGAGCAGCCAAAAACAUCAAAAACCAGUUCAUGCACCUUACCAACUACAGUGUAAAUAAGAAGAGCGGUGACUAUGUCAGCUGUGAUGACCCAGAAGUGGAGGACUAUGGGAAUAAAUGGAGUAUGAGUGCAAUGCUUCGAUACCUAAAACAGGAAGGGAAGGACACUGCAGGCCUCAUGUCUCAGGUGGAGGAUUUGAUCAUUAAAACAGUUAUCUCCGGGGAGCUUCCUAUUGCUGCUGCUUGUAAAUCCUUCCUUGCCAACAGAGGAAACUGUUUUGAGCUCUAUGGCUUUGAUGUGCUGAUUGACAGCAAUAUGAAGCCCUGGCUUUUGGAAGUCAAUCUAUCUCCGUCACUGGCCUGUGAUGCUCCUCUGGAUAUGAAGGUGAAGGCCUCUAUGAUCUCAGACAUGCUGACAUUGGUUGGUGUGGAGUGUCAGGACCCCCUGCAGAGGCCAGGCCGUGGAGGAGUCAUGCUGCAUGACAAGCGAGUUCAUAAAGCACAGAGACAGCGGCCGCUAUCUGCCAGUGACAUUGACAUGGGCCUGCAGGCUGGGGGCAGAGACAAGAGUGGAAAUCGCACAAGCAGCACCCUGGGGCUUUCUACUGAAGAGGUGAAAAUACUGCAUAAAGUCCAGGAAGAAGAGGCGAGGAGGGGGGGUUAUGUUCGUAUUUUCCCCAGACAUGACACAUGGUCACUUUAUGGCUCAUUUCUGGAACAUAAAACAUCUAUGAACUACAUGCUGGCAACUCACCUUUUCCCGGACAGGACGGUCAUUAGUCACAAGUGUGACACCAGACCAAAGCUACAUGCUGCCUUGUAUGAGCGCAAAUUGCUAUCACUACAGAUGCGCAAGGCCAGGAAACACGGUUUGGUUCGCCGAGCAGGGCUGUCUCACCCCCCAGAGGGCUCCACAACUGAGCAGGAAGAGGAGGAUGAAGCUGAGGAGGAAGAGGUGGAAGAGAUACCGGAUCCUUCAUCCCUGGAGCCACAGACAGUGCCUCUUCCCCCUUCCCCUCCCCCUCCUCGGGUCAGCAUCCUGGAGAUCCUACAGAAAGGAGAAAACCUGAGCAAAGUUCAGGCUCGUUGGGCCUUCUCCACUUACCUGCAGCGGGUGCAGAACCGCCUCCAAAGGCAGCAAGACUCAGAAAAGCCACUCCCCAAGGAGGAGGAGCAAAUGGAGCUGGUGAUGAGGUUUCUGCAGCGCGCAGCCAGUAACCUGCAGAGAUCGGUGUGUGUGACGCUCCCAGGCCGUUCUGUACCACUCCAGGAGAGACGUCAACUGCUGGCCAAUCAGCUGGGUGACUUCAUUACCCUGUACAACCAGGAGACACAAGAAAUGAGUAUUCCAGACUGCCCAGACAGUGCAAGUAAAGGUGUGGACCCUGCGGAUUUUCAGGCUUUCAUAUCUGAAGCUAGUGAGUGUGAACUAGAGGAGGUUCUCACCUUUUAUACCCACAAGAACAAAUCCGCCAGUGUCUUCCUGGGCGGCUCAGCCAGUGUGCCACAAGGAGUGGGACAGCCAGGCACUCUGGACGGUGUGAUGGACAGAAAACCAGAGAAUGGCAAUCUGAACCUCCAGCAGCAGGCAGGUAGUCAGUCCAGGAGUGUCCCAGCAGGAGCCAGGGUUUCUGAGACUGCUGAUAUCUCUGCUGCCAGUCUCUCUCUGUGACCAGUGUCUUAUCAGAUGGUAGUACCAAGCAACUGGUCAGGUCCCCAUCACAUCAGCACCAGUCUUGUCCUCCCUCCACAGGAAGCAGAUUGUACGCUUCUUCCAACUCCGCUCACUCUAUCAGUAUUGGCACUGGGGUCCAGCCUGUACCCCGUUCCCAAACCUGUACCCUGGGAGCCUUCUCCUCCUUCCAGAGUGCUGCCCAAAUCUACAGUCAGAGAUUGAGCCGGCCAAGCUCAUCCCGACCAGCCAGCACCCAGACAAGUGCUCUGCGGACACGCUGUAACUCUGCAGGAUCAUUGAAAGUGCUGGAAGACCCCUAUAAUGUGGGAGCAGUGACAGCAUCAUUGCAGCGGCUGGCAGAGAAACAAGCAUGCCGAAACAACCUCACUCAGCUAAGACAGUUUACCCAGCAGCUCACCAACCUGAAUAUUUCCAGCAGAACCGCUACCGGAGGUGGGAUUCGUCUAGGCUCUACACUCCGUCCUCUCUCAGGCACAGCAAUCCACACAGCUGCUGAGCACUCCAACCCAGGAACUAGGGAUGGUACUCAAAGGGUGCAACUAGCAUGGGACUCAGAGGUGGAGACCAGCACCUGCCCUCACCUACCUGGCACUAACCAUCAGCCACCAGCAGGACGGAGUCAGAGUGGGGACCAGUCUCCAGGUCAACACAGUGGCCACCUGAAGCCAGCUCCUCCAUCCAGUCACAAGACGUAUGUGGCCCGGAAGUUGUCAGCCUCUCGCAUUGUCCGAGUAUCCGUGCCAGAGGCACAGAACAUGGCAGGACCUGUGCUCAGCGCGGACACACGAAUACUUGCACAAGGAGCCUCAGAACCACCUCAAGUUAUAUUUGCCCGAUCCAGACCACCAGUAGCCCCUGCCUGGACAUCAAGCAGGGCCCAGCGGAGGAGAGAUGCAGCGGUGUGCCCAACGUGA